UUAUAUGAAGUAUGUAAUUUCAGUUAUUUGUUUUCACGAUAAUAUUUCCUUUAGUUGCAGCACUAUUAAUUAAAUAUCAUUAUAUUUAUACGUUGAACCUUUGUGCAACUACUGCUGACGUUAAACUUAUUCUUUCGCCUUGUUAAUCUAAAUUGUUAAUUAAAUACUAGUUGUUCUUUAUUUACAAGUUAUUAAUUACACUUGCACUAUUGUAUUCUCUCUUACUAGCUUCAUAUUAUAUUUUUAUAUGGUUAUAAGCUUUUCAAUUUCGUUUCUUUCGGAAAUGACAUUUGACUAAACAAUUCCAGGUCGGAUAUAACAGAAACAUGAUUGGAGGGUUAUUUAUUUACAACCAUAAAGGAGAGGUGCUAGUAUCUAGAGUUUUUAGAGAUGACAUAGGAAGAAAUGCUGUGGAUGCAUUCCGUGUGAAUGUCAUUCACGCUAGACAACAAGUACGUAGUCCAGUCACCAACAUAGCUCGCACCAGUUUUUUCCACAUUAAACGAAGCAACAUCUGGUUGGCUGCUGUAACUAAGCAAAAUGUCAAUGCAGCUAUGGUAUUUGAAUUCCUUCUUAAAAUGGUAGAAGUAAUGCAGUCUUACUUUGGAAAAAUAAGUGAAGAGAAUGUAAAGAAUAAUUUUGUCUUAAUUUAUGAGCUUCUUGAUGAAAUAUUAGAUUUUGGAUAUCCACAGAAUACAGAUACCGGGAUUCUGAAGACCUUUAUUACCCAGCAAGGAGUAAAAUCUCAAACCAAGGAGGAACAGACCCAGAUUACAACUCAAGUCACUGGUCAGAUCGGAUGGCGUCGCGAGGGAAUUAAGUACCGGAGAAACGAGUUGUUCCUGGAUGUUUUGGAGUAUGUCAACCUGUUAAUGUCUCCUCAGGGUCAAGUUUUGAGCGCUCACGUUGCUGGAAGAGUUGUAAUGAAGUCUUACCUUUCCGGUAUGCCUGAAUGUAAAUUUGGAAUCAAUGACAAAAUCACCAUGGAAAGCAAAGGCAAAUCUACCACACUGGAUGACCCAAGUCGCAGCACGGGUAAAACAUCGAUUGCAAUUGACGAUUGCCAGUUCCACCAAUGUGUCAAACUGAGCAAGUUCGAGAGUGAGCAUAGCAUCAGUUUUAUUCCUCCAGAUGGAGAAUUCGAACUGAUGCGUUACAGAAUCACAAAGGAUAUUAGUUUCCCCUUUCGUAUUAUACCCCUCGUUAGAGAAGUAGGCCGUACCAAGAUGGAAGUCAAAGUUGUCUUAAAAUCUAAUUUUAAAUCUUCUCUCAUUGGACAGAAAAUCGAAGUCCGCAUUCCUACCCCUUUAAAUACUAGUGGUGUUCAACUCAUCUGCAUGAAGGGCAAAGCUAAGUACAAAGCCAGUGAGAAUGCUAUUGUAUGGAAAAUCAAGCGUAUGGCAGGUAUGAAAGAAACCCAGUUGAGUGCUGAAAUUGAGCUUUUGCAAACCGAUACUAAAAAGAAGUGGAAUCGUCCUCCUAUAUCAAUGAAUUUCGAAGUACCUUUUGCUCCAUCUGGCUUGAAAGUUCGUUACUUGAAAGUGUUUGAACCAAAACUUAACUAUAGUGAUCAUGACGUUAUUAAAUGGGUUCGUUACAUCGGAAGGAGUGGCCUAUAUGAAACCCGUUGCUAAUAUUUAAAUGAAUAUUGCAUGCUUUUUGAAUGUAUGUUUAGCUUGUAUGUUCCCAAGAGGAAAGUCGAUAUUUAUGGUAAAAAAUUGUUAACUCUCUGAUGUACUCUAAGCAAAAUUUAUUCUAAAUGGUGUAACCUUUUGUUAUUACUAAAAUAUUCUCAUCUUGUUGAAUGUAAGCACACAGUAUUUUAGUGUUAGCUUCACUGUUAUAGCAAUAAAUCAUGAAGUAUUAAGUGUUCAUCUAUAUUUUAUCUUCAUUUAUUUAUAAAAAAAAAAUUGUUUUAUAUUCAAAAUUGUCUUAUUUCCUUGUUAUACUUUCAAAACUUUAUACCUAUUAAUUUCUUGUUUUAUCAGGAGAUUGUGCAUUAUGUAUUUUACAUUUCUGAUUUUGAUAUCGAAAUAAAAUUUGAAUAUUGAGGCCUCCUUA